GGAGGAUCGAGCCCAGCACCAGCCCACUAUCGAGAGGGACGAGCAUAAAUACCCGCUGGUCGCCGUCAUCACCUGCACUCGACACCGACCCGGCCCAGAGCUCAAGCAGAAUUCCUCAACAGUCUCUCCCAACACAAACCAGUUGCCAAUAAUGCUCGUCAACACCGCCGUCGCCCUGACUGUGAUCCUCGGUGUCUCUGCCUCUGCCCAGGCUGCCUCUGUCAAGAAGGGCAAGUGGGACAAGUACAUCACCUCGCUCGACAAGGCCAUCGGCUCCAAGGAGACCACUGUGGUCAUGGCUGCCGAGUCCACCAAGCUCCACGCCCAGCUGGUUGCCCGUCAGAACGACUCGGAUUUCCAGGCUCUUGUCAAGCAGGUCCACGACCAUGUCCAAGACAGCGACGGUCUUGUUGAAGCCGCGGCGCCCUCUGUUUCUGACGAUGAGAUCGAGGCUAUUCGCCAGCAAGUCUUUGGCUCGAGCAUCUCGGCCGGCGACGCCAAGACACAAGGAGAGGCUGUUCUUGCGGCCCUGCUGCCCUCGUCGUGGGACUCUCGCACCCAGGGCUGGGUCUCGUCCAUCAAAGACCAGGGCCAGUGCGGCAGCUGCGUUGCCUUCUCUUCGGCCACAACCGUCGAGAGCACCUUCCUGAGCCAGCAGCGUCUGAACCUCGACGUCUCCGAGGCCGACAUUUUCUUCUGUCUCGGCUCCGGCCAGGCCCGCUGUAACUAUGGCUGGUACCCCAGUUCCGCCGCCAGCACCAUCUCGAGCCGUGGUGUUGCUAUGGAGUCGUGCUUUCCCUAUGGUGCUGGCAACGGCAUGGACCAGACCUGCAAGUCCGGAUGCGCCCGCACCGGUGGCAUCUCGCAGGCCUCCUUUGGCAGCGUCGACCAGAUCAAGCAGCACAUCAUGACCUACGGCGCCGUCUUCACUGGCUUCACCGUCUACAGCGACUUCAACAACUGCUGCAAGAACAAUGCUGUCUACCGCCAGACCUCAAGCCAGCAGCUCGGCGGCCAUGCGGUUUCCAUUGUCGGCUGGGACGAUGCGAAGCAGGCCUGGCUCUGCAAGAACUCGUGGACGGCCUCCUGGGGUACCAACGGUUUCUUCUGGAUCGGCUAUGGCCAGGCUGGUAUCGGCUCGACCAGUGAGACCUUUGGCUUCAAGGUCAGCGGCACUGCCCCCACCACCACCACUGCUCCUGUCAAGACCACCACCGCCGUCAAGACCACCACCGGUCCUUCGCCCACCGUCAACCCUCCCUCUCCCGGAGGCAGCUGCUCGGGUGCUACUCCCUACAGCUAUGUCUGCCAGAGCUCCACUAGCUACUUGUGGUGCGUUGGCGGCAACGGCUACGCCUACGACUGCCCUGCUGGCACCCGCUGUGUCUCUGGCGUCAACUACCCCUGCUCUUGGUAAUGGUCUCGGAACCACGAUCGCCAACAAGUGUCCGUGAUGUCAGUAUCCUUGAUGCCGGCCCAUCGGUGGACUGUCGCUCAUGAAAGGCCUCUGGGCGCAUCGAUGGUGGCGCAUCCAGAAACCUCACAAUCUCCAACAAAAAGUUCUGUCUUGAAUACUUCCCGCGUGUCUGUGCUUGCUUUUGAAAUUUGAAUAUACAAAACUGGAUUUGAA